AUGGUGAAAUGGUGGAGAAUGUCCGUGGAUUCACACCUGGGUGCCAUGGAUGCUGUGAGUACAGAAGGAAUGAGGAAGGGCCUGAGCCAAGGAGCAGGCCCAGGCGCCAGCCUCGCUCCCUCUCCCCCCCCAACUGACGCCUCCUCCGCCUUGUCCCCAGCCGACUUCACGGAGCCCGAGAUCUCCUGGGUCGUCGAGGAGGCGGCUCCCCGCGGGGUGACCUUCACCUGCGCCUCUCACGGCGGCUCCCCCAGGCCCCAGCUGCUGUGGUGGGUCAACGACGCCCUCCGACGGGGCUCCAACACGAGCGUCUCCCAAGACGCCCGGAGCGGCCUCUACAGUGUCACCGGCCGGCUGUGGGACAACGGCACGGACCCGCUCCGCCUCGUCUGCCUCGUCAGGUUCGGCGCCUCUCAGGUGUCCCGGAACCUCACCUGGAGCCCAGCCGGCUUUUCGGAGCCCGAGAUCUCCUGGGUCGUCGAGGAGGCGGCUCCCCGCGGGGUGACCUUCACCUGCGCCUCUCACGGCGGCUCCCCCAGGCCCCAGCUGCUGUGGUGGGUCAACGACGCCCCCCGACAGGGCUCCAACACGAGCGUCUCCCAAGACGCCCGGAGCGGCCUCUACAGUGUCACCGGCCGGCUGUGGGACAACGGCACGGACCCGCUCCGCCUGGCCUGCCUCGUCAGGUUCGGCGCCUCUCAGGUGUCCAGGAACCUCACCUGGAGUCCAAACCCCCCGGGACCAAAGCGCUCCCAUGCAGUGGUCCUGCUGCUGAGCGGGACGGUGGUGUUCAUCUGCGUGGUGGCCGCUGUGCUGAGCGCCCGAUACAUGUUGAGCUGUGCCCGCAAGCGGACAACGCCGGUCCCCAAUUCCACCCACCUCGAGCUCCUGGAGGCGGCCCACGAGUCCAGGACUGGGGCGACGGCGGGAUCUGGAUGAGGUCCCAGCGGUCCCCAGGACGCCGGCCGCCCCCCGAGGUCUCCGGGCCGCCCCUCGAUCCCUCCUCCGCCCGCGCUGGACUUCUCCCACCGCGACGGUCCGGGAAGCCGGUGGCUCGGACCGUCAGGGAUGACCGUCCCU